UACGAUAGAAAAAGGGCGGCACUGCGGAUUCAUGCUUUGUGCAUGAUUCGGUGUCGCUAACUAUAUUUAUAUAUAUACAUACAUAUAUAAAUAUAUUGCAAUUAUUAGUUUUUAUUUUUUGGGGGACGCAAUUAUAUUCAGUUCACAAAAGCAUUUGCAUGCAAGUAGAUAUUAUGUUGCUGGCUAAAUUGUGGAAAUAUCCCUUUUGUUUUUAUCGCCUGAGUUUUGUCUGGUAGCAUGCUAGCUCAUAGCCGAUACUACGUGAAAUUAUAAAAAAAAAAUAAACAUUUGGGUAAAUAACUAGUUUAAUUAGGUGUAUUAGAUGUAAAUGGUGACGUCUGUUUGGAUAAUCACGGCCUUUCCGCUGUUCUCAGUUUAAGGGAGUGUUUACUUCCAGCUUUAACAUGGCGGAAAACAAUGCAGAGGAUUUCCUUGACUUCUUCAUGGUUCCAAAGGACUGCUGAAGCCAUGGUCCGCAAAGAGCUUACAAAGCAUGUACGGGAUCUCAUUGUCGAAAGGUACCAAUCAGGAGAGGGUUACAAAAGAAUUUCCAAAACAUUAGCUGUUCCAUUGAGCACCGUGAGGGCCAUAAUCAACAAGUGGAGAAAAUGGGGCACCACAGUGACGUUACCAAGGACAGGACGUCCCUCCAAAUUUGCCGAAAGGACAACACGAAAACUUAUCUCGUGGGCUGCCGAGAGACCUCCGGCAACAUUAAAGGCGCUUCAGGAAUAUCUGACUAUAAUCUCUGUGGAGGAAGAAAGGCAGAAGGAGACGGAGCCGUCUUCAGGUGCUGAGAAUCCGAGGUCCGAUUCGUCCAAGCAAGGCAUGGAGGAAGAUGAGCUGGACGGGCUUCCUGUUUUUGGAGCAGAUGAGGAUGAGGGUGACGUGGAGAGCUGCUUCACUCAGAAAGACAAGCAGGCUGAUGAUCGAGACGAGAAUGAAAACAGGAAGAGUGUCUCACCUGGAGCUAACCAAGCAGAUGAAAGUGUGCGGUGUUCUCAGACGGAGACUGGAACCUCCCACAAUGAAGGCAGUGCGUCAUCACAGGAACCAGGUGAAGGAAGCCAAGAGGAAAUCGUGUAUUCUCCUUUAAAGAAAAUAAAGGAUGAGCCCAUAGAUGAGGACUAUGAUAAAGCGCUCCUCGGUUCUGCGAACUCGGACAUCAGUCGUGUUAAAGAGGAGCUUGAGAAUGGAGAUCAUGAGUCGUUGGUUCCCCUGGAUGAACUGAGGAUCAGCUCUGUGUUUUCUGUCCGAGGAAACAGUGAUGCUAUUUCUGCUCCUGUCGCGGCCCCACAACCGUCCCCGUUCUCUGCUAUGACUCAGUCAGUCUCAGCAAUCAGACCACCUCCUAUAGUCUUGCAGGCUCAAAUGCAGCCUCAUUUUCAAGCACACCUUCAGCUUCAACCCAAGACCUUGGCCCAGCUUCAGCCCCAUCUGCAAACUCAUCUUCAGACACAGCUUCAAACUCAUCUCCAACCUCAACUUCAACUCCAAGCGCAGCUUCAAGCACAGCUUCAAACACAGCUUCAGCCGCAGCUGCCACACCAGCUACAACCGCAGCUCCCACACCAGCUUCAGCCUCAACUUUCACACCAGUUACAACCGCAACUCGCACACCAGCUCCCACACCAGCUCCAGCCGCAGCUCCCACACCAGCUCCAGCCGCAGACCCCUCCUCAGCUCCAGACACAACCCCCACCCCUUCCGCAGGCUCAGCCCCCACCCCAGCAGCAGCCCCCCCCUGCUCCUGUGCGAAUCUGCUGCUCAGGCUGCUCUAAGGUCCUUCAGAAAGGUCAAACUGCAUUUCAAAAGAAGGGUUCCAAUCAGCUGUUCUGCUCCACUGUAUGUCUGACUGGAUUCACCUUGCCUCCAGCCCCCAAUAUUGCCCCAAAGAAAACCUGCCACCUCUGUCUCAAGGUGAUCGGGAAUCCAAAAGACUUGAUCACAGUUCCAGUUGACUCGGCAAACACCUUGAAGGAGUUCUGUAGCCUGUCCUGUCUGAGCAUUUACAAGUCCAGGGUCGAAGGCUUGGUGGAAGAGGAUACUGUCAUUAGAUGUGCUGUGUGCAGAAAUCCCAACGAGAUUCAACAUGAAGUGAAUCACCAGGGCAUUCUGCACCGUCUCUGCAGUGACGAAUGCUUCUCGCGUUUCCGCUCCUCCAAAAGGUUGUCCAUGAGCUGCUGCGAGAGCUGCGGCAACUGCACCGUCACAGGAAACUAUCACCUCGUACAGGUCGAGGAUACCGUUAAGAAAUUCUGCAGCCCAGCCUGCAUCAGCACUUUUAAACAGAAAAGUGGUAAGAGGGUCCAUUGCCCCUGCUGUCAAGAUUUUAAAGCUAUGGAUCAGAUGCUGGAAGGCACGAAUGCGCAGGGAGUCAUAGAGUUCUUCUGCUCCUCCAGAUGUGUGGCUAAUAGCCAGGCGUCCUGCACUUUAUCAGGUGCUUCGUUCCCGUGUACAAAUUGCCAGAAGUUAGCUGUUCCUCAGUAUCACUUGGCUAUGCCUGACGGAUCCAUCCGGAACUUCUGCUCUUACGAGUGUGUUGGCAGAUUCCAGGAGAGGCUGCACAGGUCCAUUCAGAUGAACGGAGGAUCCUAUCACAGUCCAAACACCGGCCUCCAUCCUCCUGUACCUCAUCAUUCAUCUGACCAAGGAUUUAAUCCUCCUAACAUAGCGCCUGGUUCGAAUCAAAACGCCAUGCCGCCACACGUGCCUGUUUCUCGACCGACAAACCCGCAAGACGCCCAGCAGCAUCCGGAAGCUCUCAGCCCUGCCAAACCGACCUGUAAGCAGUGCCAGAAGCAGAUCAGCUCUAAACCCGAGGUCCUACAGUUUAAGAAUCACGUGGGCCUCUUCUGCUCACGCCUUUGUUGCGACAUGUAUAAGAGGGAAAGAGAUGUCAAAGCAGUGUGCGAGUACUGCAAGGAAGAGAAGGUGGCCAAGGACGUCGUCAUCUACGAGAAGCAGCCGCACGCUUUCUGUUGUGAAGGCUGCAAACUGCUCUACAAGCACGACUACGCCAAGCAGCACAGGGGUCAGUGCAGAGCUUGUGCUUACUGCUGCAACGUGACCCACAAAACCAUCCAGAAUCAUUUUGGGGGAAAACUGGAGGAGUUCUGCUCGGAAGAGUGCAUGUCUCUCUACACCGUUCUCUUCUACGAGAUGGCGAAGUGUCACGCUUGUAAGAAUCAGGGACCACUCAAAGAGAGCGUCAGAUGGGACGAAACGGUCCGACACUUCUGCAACCUGCACUGUUUGUUGCAUUUUUGCUCCAAGAAUAUCAUCCCCGAUCAACCGAACAGCAACGGUAUUAACACUGCUGCCACCACAGCCCAAGCCCCAUUAUCUCUCUCGAAAGACAUGCCUGUAAUCGGCGGUGUCGUGUCAUUGGCCUCUGCACUGACUGGCAACACCGCACUCACAGGAGCACUGCCUACCUCGAACGCCAGCUCCAAGAUCAUUGGCGACGCGAGCACCCAGACGGAUGCCUCGGUGAACGGCGAUCCUCAGCAGCGACGGAUGCUGAAGAAUAAAGCCGUCAUGUGUAAACCCAUCAACGAUGAGCAGAGCAUCCAGUGUGAACUUGAGCCUCUGAAACUACCAUCUGGGACCGUUAUUGAUGAAAAUGGAGAGAAAGUGAGACUGGUGCCUGUGCCUAUUCCAGUUCCAACACCCAUAUACAUUCCUGUGCCCAUGCACCUGUACACUCAGUACACGCCAGUACCGCUGGGAUUCCCUCUUCCUAUACCGGUGCCACUGGUUGUGCCAGCUUCUCAGGAAUCCGCACAGCCGAGUUCCGCUAAAGGCAGCGUCCCUUCACAGAGCUCAGUGGAGGAUGAAGAUGUGGAAAAAGGCAAGAGCAGGCCCCUGUCCCACGGAGACCAGGGCAGUACCUACAGUGGGGAUUUGGAAUCCGAGGCCAGGUCUACCCCCUUCAGUUGUGCAGAUCCUGAGGAUGCUUCACACAAUCUUAAGCCAUCAGUCCCUGUACCUGAGUUAGAAGCACGUAAAGCUCCUCCUGCUACCUCCACAGCGUCCAACUUGCUAGAUUUGGAAAAGGACAUUCCUCUUGCAUCAAAUGAUCACGAAGCAGCAAAGGAGCAGAAGACGUCGACAAAACGACGCAAGAGAGGAAAGAAGGGACGGAGGCGUUCAGUAACAGAUGUUGCGAGCGGCGUGGUUUCUACUCCACCCAGCUCCAAACUCCACCACAUGUAUGGAGUGAAAGCCUGGGCCAGCUGGGUGCAGCGGAGGACUCAACACGCCGACGCGAGCCCUCUCACUGUGAAGGAGGAUGUGUUGGAUUGCAGCUCUGAAGAGCUCAGCGAUGCUUUGUGUCAUUUCAUCAGCGAAGUCCGCAGGCCAAACGGCCAGACUUACGCACCGGACAGUGUCUACUAUCUGUGCUUGGGCAUCCAGCAGUACCUUCUUGAAAACGGUCGUCUGGAGAAUAUCUUCACGGAUCCUCUUUAUAACCAGUUUACCGCAGACAUGACCAAGAUAAUAAAAGACUGGGAGCGCAACUUAACACCAAAUGGUUUCUUGCAGUCCCGCAUCGAGGAGAGUUUCCUGUGGGAAUGUAAACAGUUGGGCGCUUUAUCUCCGUUUGUGCUGCUCAACACGCUGAUCUUUUUCGGGGUCAAACAUCUCAACCUAAAAACCGUGGAGCAGCACCAGCGUCUUUGCUUCUCCGCCGUCACCCGCUGCUCCAGGAGCGCCAAGCACGGCAAGUCGUCCUACCUCAGGUUUAGGUUUGCUGGAAAAGUCGACGGCGGGAAGGAGAAGCGAGUUUUACUCGGUAAACGGAAGAGAGAAGAGGCAGAGGAGAAUGCGGAGUAUUUCGAGAUGCCUGAGAAUACCGAGGACCCUUUACACUGUCCUGUCAGACUAUACGAGUUCUACCUCUCUAAAUGUCCGGACUCUGCGAAGGAGCGUCCAGACGUUUUCUACCUGCAGCCCGAGAGUUCCUGCCACCCCAGCAGCUCUGUGUGGUAUUCUACCCAGCCUCUGGAUGGCGCCGUUUUGGACUGCAUGCUAUCGCGCAUCCUUGCCGUUCGGGACGUCCAUCUGGAACCUAAGCCCCAGCAGCACCCGAGCUCGUCAGAAGAAGACACGUCGUAAUUACGCUCUGGGGGAAAAAAAAAAACCCAUGAGACGUCAGAGACGCUGCUGCCGUUCUUCUUAAUCUCGAAGUGUUGUCAGAGCUUUUAGAAACAACGAACAGGGGUGAAAUGUGACUAAUCAAACGCCUACAACACUGCGUGGGUUCCGGAGGAGAGCGCAGAGCGACAGAUCUCAACGUUUCAUGGAUCAGUUCAGUCGGUUUUUAUUCUUUUUCUUAGUAGAAGUCAUGAAGUUACAACGAUGUUAUAAAUGCAUGCUCUAGUAAAAUAUUAGAUCACGA